ACAGGUUUUAAUUAGAAUUUCGGUGUCUAUGUCGAUUUAACGUUUAAACAACAACCUUUUUUUUGGUUGUUCAAUUAAAACGAAACCGGUUAAAUAUCGCGCGAGUCGUGAAAUUUCUGUACGUUACUACUAUUUAUUUUUUUUGUUAAAUCCUGAUCGGGCAUUGAUUUCGAUUCAAUUUUAAUUUCCGGUCAUCUCUCGCUCUCGAAACCCGGCGCAUCCACCGCCAUUUCCCACCCAACAAACAAAUAAUAACGCUGACUCCUGUAUAGCAAAUACCUAUCAACGGCUGAGUAUACAAAAACUUAUAAAAAUACAGACGAAAGAGUAACAUUUCAAACAAACAUGUAUUUAUUCAUGUCGAGUGUUGUAAAUAACUGCGAGCAGAUCAUAAGGGCGCAGUUAGAGACAACCGGAAGUCCGCAGGCAAAGUCUCCGGCAGGAAGCAGCGCCGGGGCCAUCCCACCGGAGGCCCGCACCCCGACCGCCCCCGCAAACAAGCAACUGCAGAAUGUCAAAGGCGGCGGUGCCGGAGACCAUCCAUCGAUGGCUUUCCUACAGAACCGCUCUAUCUCGCUGGUCGACAUGUACAUCGACAAUUCAGAACCUUCGGAGAACGUCGGACAAAUCCAUUUCUCUCUGGAAUAUGACUUCCAAAAUACCACGCUCAUCUUACGAAUCCUUCAAGGUAAAGAAUUACCGGCAAAGGAUCUUUCCGGCACCAGCGAUCCCUACGUUAGAGUCACUCUGCUUCCGGACAAGAAGCACCGGUUAGAGACGAAGAUCAAAAGGCGCACAUUGAAUCCCCGAUGGAACGAGACUUUCUACUUCGAAGGUUUCCCCAUUCAGAAGCUCCAGUCGCGGGUGUUACACUUGCACGUCUUCGACUACGACAGGUUUUCCAGGGACGAUUCCAUCGGCGAAGUAUUUCUACCAUUAUGUCAGGUGGAUUUGAGCGAGAAACCUUCGUUCUGGAAAGCGUUGAAACCUCCUGCUAAGGAUAAAUGUGGCGAACUUUUGACUUCACUCUGUUACCACCCCAGCAACAGCAUCCUAACUCUGACCCUACUAAAGGCGAGGAACCUAAAAGCCAAAGAUAUUAACGGAAAAUCAGAUCCGUACGUGAAAGUUUGGCUUCAGUUCGGCGACAAGAGAAUAGAGAAACGCAAGACGGCGAUAUUCAAAUGCACGCUGAAUCCCGUCUUCAAUGAUACCUUCUCUUUUAACGUACCGUGGGAGAAGAUCCGCGAAUGCUCGCUGGACGUGAUGGUCAUGGACUUCGACAACAUCGGGAGGAACGAGUUGAUUGGAAGGAUUUUGUUAGCUGGUAAAAGUAAAAACGGAUCCGGCGCAUCCGAGACCAAACAUUGGCAAGAUAUGAUCACGAAGCCACGUCAGACCAUCGUGCAAUGGCACAGGCUCAAGCCAGAAUAAAGAGGAUGAGAUGAGAAAGGAAAAUCGAAAGUUGAUGAGAAAAUGAAGAGGACGAGAAUAGAAAUUGUAUUUAUUUAUUAAUUUAUUCAGUAGAUUUAGAGCAGAAAUUGUUUAUUUUUAUGUAUAUUAGCUUAAGCUGGUCAGUGAAAAAAAAAGUACAGAAGGAUUAAUUCCUACCUUCUAUUUUGUUCAUUUCCUAACUCGACCUGUUUCGUGACAAAAAAAAAAUAAUUGGAAUGAGGAGAGAAAGAGAGAAGAAAGAAAAAAAUAUUUGACAGUAUUUUUUGUGAUACGAUUUAGAUGAUCAGUGGAUGAAUAUUUAAGAGAUAUAACUAAACAAAAAACAAAAAUAAUAAAACGUUGUAUGUAAAUUUACAAUUUACCAUUUAGAGUGUAAGGUAAAUAUUUGUAAGGGCUGUUAAAGGGAGAGAGGAGACAGGAGUGCGUGUGAAUUAGCCAAUGGAGAAUAUCGCAAAGGAGCCAACAACAAAAACAACAACAACAAAAAUUAAAUGCGCACAACCUUUUUGAGAUGUCAAAAGAAAUCUUUACCUUGGAGCGUUGGAAUAUACCUAAAAAAAAAUAUGAGAAAGAACAAGAAAAUCUAAUGAAGACAAUAUGUAAAUUUAAUCCUUCCAAACCUUAAAAAAAAAACAAAUCUCAUACAAACAUGUCGCUUCUACAAUUGGCUUUUACUAAAUUUGGUGGAUUAGUAUGGUAGAAAGUGGUGUGAUUUUAAAG